AUGGGCAUAUGUUAAAAGAAAAGUUAAACAGAUAAUUCAUAAAAACAAACUGGAUAUGAGUCAGAAUAGGUUGUAGUUUUUACAAGCAUUAUGAGCCACAUUUAAUAUUUUGAUUAAAUAGAUUUAGAACUUCUUAAAUAUCCAGAUAUAUCGCUAUUACUAAGAAAACAUAUCAAAAACUAUAAAUUCAUUGAGGAAGGAAAGACUUGGGUUGUGGUUAAGGAAAUUUAAAGUUUUUUGAAUAGUAAAAUGCCAAUAUUGAUAAGAAGUUUGAAUCCUUAAACAGAUGCUGCCUUAUAAUUAAUAUAGAUUUUUGAGAAAUUGUUGUUUCUAACACAAAAAGUACUAGAAUGUUCAAUAACAUUUAAUGAAGCAAAGGUUGAAUUAUUUUAAUCAUUCCAAAAUUAGUUAGUUUAAGUAAAGAAAAUGAUAAUAUUAGACUUCUAUAGAAUGCCUUAUUAUUGUAAAUACUUUAAUUUAAAAGAAAUUAUAAUGGUGGAAUGAGGAAUAUUUUAAAUGGAGGCAGAAUCAUUUAAUUUCAACGUUUUUGAUCAAAAAUAUCGAUAAAAGUAAUAAGGAGAUAAUAGGACCAAUAUACGACUUUAUUUAAUUUUUGAUAGAAUGUAUAAAAUAUUUAGGAGAUCUUGAGGUAUCUAAAGGCCUUUAAGAAACAGAUCUCAAAGCUGAAUAGAUAUUUUUAGAUUAAUUUUAUAAUUAAAUGAGGGUAGGUUUGAUUCAGAAUUCAUUUUUUUCUGAGAGUAUAUCAAAUGAAGUAUUUCCAGAUCAAAUUUAGGUCGAUUAGAAUGUUAGAACAUAUGCCUUAUUAAUUAAUAAAAAAUGA